GUCAUGUUUUGACUGAUUUUCAGCAACAUCCGGUACAAGCUGUUUUCUAUCACGUCGUUGGUAAUUUCGUGUAUUUUUACACAUAACUUAACAAGUGGCUCAAUUAGUAAUAUGAAUUCAUUUACAAUCUGAUGAUCUGGGAUUAUCACUAUAAAUGAAGCGUUUUUGACUUAAUAUUUUAUUGUUGAACGCGAUAGCUUGACUUGGAUAUUUUUGUUAAUAACUGUUAAUAACUUAAUCCAUAGAUAGAUAGUGUGAGACGUUAGUGAGCGCAAACUUUGGAGUCGAAGAGGCAAGUGCUGCUGUUCAAAAAAUAAAAGAGGCUAAUUGAUGGAAGACUAUAAAUAUUUGUUUAAAGUUGUACUUAUUGGAAAUGCUGGUGUUGGUAAAACAUGUUUAGUAAGAAGAUUUACAGAGGGAUUAUUUCCUCCUGGUCAAGGAGCAACAAUUGGUGUUGAUUUCAUGAUUAAAACAGUUGAUGUCGAUGGAGAAAAAGUAAAGCUUCAGAUAUGGGAUACAGCAGGUCAAGAAAGAUUCCGUUCUAUAACCCAAGCCUAUUACAGAUCAGCAAAUGCUUUAAUUCUAGUCUAUGAUGUAUGUUGCCAAAAUUCCUUUGAUAGUCUUCCACAGUGGUUGAAUGAAAUAGAAUUAUACGCCGGAAGCAAAGUUCUUACAUUUUUAGUUGGUAACAAGGUAGAUAAAAUGUCUAAAGAAAUUCCAACUCAAAUUGGUCAGCAAUUUGCUCAGAGAUAUGAUAUGGCAUUCAUAGAAACAUCAGCUAAGGAGUGUGAAAAUGUUGAAAGACUCUUUAUGGAUAUUGCAAGAGGAUUGACAAAAAGAGCCAGGGAUCUGAAUCUGCAGCCAGAAGAAAAUAAUGAAUUCCCAUCGGGAGGUUCGACCCCUAUAUCUACGUUUAGUUGUUGUAAGAUCUGAUUGUUACUUUACAAUUGUACAACAAGAUUAUUAUCGAUAAUAUAUUUAUAUACAAAUAUCGCCUAAGAUCAAAUGGGUUACAGUAUGCUUAGAAAAUGUUGUAAGUUUUUCAUUCCAAUGAUGACACGCUUUGAAUUUAACCAGUCACUGAUGACUUACAUUCAAGGAGCAAAUUAAGAAGGAAAUAUUAUGGAACUAUACUAUAAAUAGUUAUAAUUACUAUGAAUUUCAAAAUUAUCCCCUGAAAGAUAUCUGAAACCCAUGUUUGAUCAAAUACGAUACAUGUACAUAUAUAAAGAAAAGAUCAAAAUAUAUAAUGAACAAUUCUGCAUUUACACAUUGCUUCCAGAUUGAAAAAAAUACCGGUAAUUAUCUAUUCUGCAUGUUUUGGAAUAUUAUAUAUUUUGUCUACUUUAAUUUGGGAAAUCAUUAAAUUUCUUUUCUAUGUUCUAAAUAGAAUCUUCGGAUCACAAUUUGACUUUUAGAAAUUAAAGUAAUAACAAAUAAACAAUUUUUGAAAAUGACUUAAAACUAUCAUAUAUCUGAUUUCUUUUGGUCGUUCAUUUCAUUAAAGUUUUUCACUGCAACAACACACAACAUAACAACUUUAAUAUCUUGGGACCUCUUUUAUUUUUAAUCUGAAACAUCUAUUGGCUAUAAUAUCUGAGAUAUUAGUCUUAAUGGAGAAGUCCCAGAUUUCUCAGGUUAUCCUUUCAUACAGGUAUAUUUAAUUAUGCGCACAAUUAUCAUUUCUUAAUUUCUCCAAUAAAAUUAUUGAGCUGUUUGGAUAUAAUUGCUGGAUUUGCCUAACAGGGUAAUGUAACUUAUUUAAUUAGGGUAUUUCAGAGUUCAGUUCUAUGUCUUGAUAAUCAUGACAAUCACUUUCUGCAACAACUUCUGCAUAUAUAUAAAUAUGGUUAUCCAGACACACAUAUAAUGUAUUCGGAUGAAGGUUUCCAAGAGGCUUUCACUCAAAAUUGAAAUUUUAUAAAGUAAAAUACAACUUGGACAAGAUUUUAAUUUUUUUUUAACAAUUCAAGAGGUCCUAACCUUUUAAAUUGAUUGUUGUGCCUUGGUUUCGCCAGGUACAGAAUUUGAUGAGUUGACAACGAAGAUGUUUGUUUAUAUAUUGAGAUAGAUAACAUGUAGAUAAGUAGUAUAUGAAAGUAUCCAACUUGUGUUCGAGAUUUGGUAUCACAUACCACAUUUUUUGAGUCCAUCAGUAAAUUGAGAUGUAACACCAAAGAAUAAUCUCAUAUAUGUAAAGCAAAUAUUUAUUGUAUUUUGUUUAUGAAUUCCAAUUUGUGAUGAAUUAUUUUUAUUACUGAGAUUAAAUCUUAAAAAAAUAUAGAACAAAUAUCCAUAGAAUAGAUAGAAUUAUACUAGAAUAUAGAUGUCCAUUUUCCAUGACCCACGAUCACUCGUCAUUGUGACGUUGAACAUCUGAGAACCCAAACUUUGAUUUAUAUAGUUAUACAAUAAUAGUGUAUAAUCAAGAGAUUCUGGUAUUUUUUACACACUGAAAUUAGUGAGUGAUGGCAUUAUGCAUUUGCUUUAUGAACUCAAAUAUUACUCCAAAAGUGAAUGACAAGCAAACAGCAUUUGAAUCCCAAAUUUCCAGAAUCAGCAUUGUUAACAGUGAUGCUGGGUAAAGUAAAGAGAAUGACAAAUAUUAUAUUAUAUUUAAUAGUCCACUGAUUUAUGUAUGGUAUACCAGUUAUUUUAUAUCACAUUUAAUCAAACUACUACCAGUGGAAAAUAUAUACAGUUUUAAAAUUCUUCACUCAAUUUAUAUGUUUAUUGGCAUUUAACACAUAUUAGCUAAGGUGCUAAUUACUACUAUCUAUUGCCAUGGUUAUAAUGAAAUUUUAAAUGUAUACAGUUAGAUGUAUUAAGGCUGGGGCUACAUAUAUCAUAAUGAUUGCAUCCUUAGGAAUAUUAAAUGUCUGGAAUAAAAAAAACUACGUUACUCCUGGAUAAUCAAGCCAUUUUAUAACUGACAGAUUAACAAAGGUCUGAAUGAAUCUAUUUUACAAUUCAUGCCUUGUGACUUACUUAUUGACCACUCUCACUUAAGCUAAAGUCUCACUAGUGAUUGACAGUUUUCAAAUUUUAAUGGUUCACGAUUGUCUGUAAAAAGUAACAUUUUAGUGUUUGAGUCUGUAAAAUGAAUCUAAGUAAGAGACAAGUAUGAUAGGAUUUGUAAGUUUUACUUAUCGUUGAGACCAGUCUGCUUUACAGAGUAUAAUCUUAGAUUAUAUUUUAAUGUUGAGCAGUAGGUAUAUAUGUUUCUUUAUUUGAUUCAUUGAUAAUCAUUACAAUGAAAGCUAUAAUUCCUUCGGAUGGGACACAAAAUUGAGAUCCACAUUUGCAUGCAGGUAAAAGAACCCUUGAUGGCUGGAAUUCGAAGAAGACUAGUCUUUGCCCCUCACAUUGGAUAAGUAAACAUAGAAAUGAUCAGAGUACGGUAAUGUGUUGAUAAGAUGUUAAAUUCUACUCGAUUCCAUUUUAAAAAAGCCCACCGAUUUAGAAUGCUUUCCUUGUAUAUCCAGCCUUAAUACAUAAUUUUAUUAUAUUGUUUAUUGCAUAAUAAUGAUGUCACAACAAUAAAAUCAAAAGUCAAUGUUAUUAUAAUAAGUACAGAUCUUUAUUUCAUUGUUAAAAUACAUUAUAUUUGUUUGUAAAAUAUAUACGAUGUAUAUUUAUAAUUAUAUGUAAAAAUAUAUUUUCUUUUUUUUUAUUAUAUGAUAUAGAUCUAUCUGAAUGUAGUGCUCUUUUGUUUCCAUGUUGUAAACAUGCAUGUAGUAUUAUUUUCUUCUUUUUCAUGUUAAAUUUUAUUUUUGGUCCCAAAUUCAUAGUGACUUAAAUUUAUAUAAUUUUUUAUGAUAAAUGUUUUGAUGAGCAAUUUCUUUAAUUAUAAAUAUAAUUAAAAGGCUUUUCUAAAUAUGCCAUUUAUAAAUAUGAUUAAAAGGCUUUUCUAAAUAUGCCAUUUAUAAAUAAUAAGGAUUUCAAGCUUCAAAUACAUGUCUAUGACAGUCUGUAGACUUAAUAAAUGAUUUUUGAAAAAAAAAUGACUUGAAAGUUGACAAUGAUAUGAGACAUGUAAAUUUUCCUAGCCUACUUUUGUCUGAAAAUUUAUCACAAGCUGCCCAAGUUUUUAUAGAUGUUUAUAAUGAUAAGAAAUUGUUUGUCAUUUCAUUAAUCAAUGUUUACACAUAUAUAUGUCUAUUUUUGUUGUUGUUUUUUCUUGUUUGCUUUUUUUUUUCUUUCUGGACAUCGCUCAUCUAGGCAAGUGCAAUUUAAAUAUUACAUUUAUAUGCUCACAUCCUACUUUACUUCCAUAUAUAAAUAUAUAAUAUAAGGUAUGUUAUAUUGUUUCAGUAUUAUUAUUUGUUAAGCCUUUUGAGUUUUUUGUCUUUAUAUCUUAGAAGCAGAAAUAUGUAUAUGUAAUUUAGUCAAUCCUGAAAUGAAACUGGUCAGCAGUUACUUUCAUGUCACAGUUAUGACAGUGGAAAAAAAACCAAAGUCCCAAAAUAGUCUUCCAUUAGGUUAAUAUAUAGGUUAAGUGGAAUUUAGUAGAUUAGAUCAUUUUAUAUGUAUGUCGAUAUCUAAGGUCAUUCAUUAAACAUGCAUUAUGCAAGAGUUAAAUCUGCCUAUUGCAGGUCUUUCUUUAUCCCUUAAAGGUUAUAUAAGUUAUUAAUUAGACAUUAAUUAACUUACCAAACCCAUAAUCAACUAUCGAUGCCAUCAGAUAGUCUAGAUUUUCAAUAGAUUUAAAUAUGAUUUCUGGUUUAUAUUUAACGUAAAAAUGAAUAAUGAAGACUUUGUUUAUUAUCGUAACAACGGUAACAAUGACAGUGGAGGCUAUCCAAGAUAACUUGGCUCAGAGUGAAGUAAUUUGACUGAAAUUUUCAACAUAUUCCUUUUUCAUUAUCUAUUUUUUAACUGAGAACUGUCAGCUCUUUAUCUAGUCUUACAUAAUGCUCCUUUAAGGUUUUCUCUCAACAAAUUCCAAAACACAAAUUUUGGUAUUAUUUUCUAGAACCUUACUCAGUUAAGCUAGAAUGCGAGGAAAUAGAUAAUACAAAUUAUUAAACCCCACAAAAAAUAAUGAAAAAGAUAAAAGAUUUUCUGACUGACUGACCCUAUUUUGAGGGGUCAAGUAACCGUAAACACAGGUAUUUUUUUCCUGGGCCUUAUAGGGAAUGUGAUGGACAGUAUUUGUCAUAGAUACAGCAUGAAAGAUGAAUGAACUGACUGUAUUGUAACCCGAAAAAUUCAUAUGUGCAAGAUACAGUUUUUUUUGCUAGGUAAUGUUUGUUUAUAUUGAAACAAGCUAAUAGCUUUUAAAAAAUGAGUCAUAUGUCUUUUAUUGAACUUUAGGGUGGGCAAAUUCAUAGUGACCACUGAGCUCUUGCUGAAGUAUCAUCACAUUCUGAUAUCACUAGGAAUUAUAAAUAAACACUGUGUAGCACUCUCUGUCUCUAAGUUAUUUUUCAAAUUAUUUUACAUAGAUAUUGAGAUAUUGAAAUUUGUCAGGACUGCAUACCUUAAAAAGUAUCAAAAUAAGGAGAGAUAAAUAUGUUGUCAGGAGAGGUAUAUGCUUAAGAAUUUUUGUACCUGUUAUAGUUAAAUAACUAGAGAAUCGUCAUUGAAUGUCAUUUCCAUAUAAACAAUUGUGCUAGUCUGAUCUGACAGUAUUACUUGUGGUAUCUAUCAUGGAUGUUUUUUUCUCAACUAUUUUUAUAUAUUUACAGCAUUUAUAAAAUAUAUAAAUAUCAUGUAAGAUGUGUUUUACAUAAAGGGGGUUUAGAACUGAUGAAUCAUAGAACCUAGUAAAUAAGCUCUAAAGAAAAGUCUCUGGGAAUAUUUGCAGUGUUGCUGUAGUGGCUAUCAUCACUCUAAAAUGUGAGCUACAAGUCCCUACCCAGUGAAGCCAAAAUCUUUACAAGGCUCCUGGACAUGUACAAUAAUUUGCAGAGUGAUUUGAAUUGGGUGUUGAUGUCCAGGGGACCAUUUCGCAGAGCACACAAAAAAGUCAAUAGCAUUGUAUAGUAAAAUAAAUAAUGUUUGUGUACGUAAUUCUUAUAGACCCCCAUACACUAGAGAUCAUUUUCAUUUAUAACAGCUUCAUUAGAUUUUAUAUUAAAGAGGACUUUUUGAGAAAUACUGCCCAUCUAUUAUUUUAUAUUUUAUUAUAUGUAUAUGCAGGACAACAAUUCUGAUGAAUUUAAAGUUGCAUUAUGUAAGAGCUAAACCUCUCUUUUUUCUGGCUUCAAAUGUUGUAUAAAUUAUUUUUUAGACAUUUAUUCACAUAAGUCCAUAAUCAACUCUCUUGACUAUUGGAUGGCUAAGAUAUAAAUUGAAUUAGAAAAUGUCUUCCAUAUCUUCAUAAAAAUGGAAAAUCAAGAGGUUUACUAUAGUAGCAAUGGUACUCGACAAUCAGGACUUUUUAUGCUAUUUCUUGUCAAAACUUCAAACAUUCAUAACUUUGCUCAGAAUAAAUUAAUUUGAGUAAAAUUUCAAUAUAUUCCUUAUCUAUACUUGAACUUUCAUAGCAAGAACAGCUAACUUUUUUUUAUCUAAAUAUUACAUAAUGCAUCUUUAAUAAUAUUUUGGCUCCUAAUUUAUACCUUUUUUGCCCCUCACACUUUUUUUUUAAAAUUUUCUUUAUACAUAAAUUUGUGCAUGCUUUGUUUUUUGUUAUAUUAUGAAAUAUGUAAAGUGAGAAUAUUAAAUAUAAUGUUAUAGCUUUA